UGUUACCGGUUUUUCCACUGUAAAACAUUCUGACGCGUUAAAGCAGGUCCUGCAUAGUUCUCCAGGGAGAUCUCACACCCAUAACUAUCAGGAGUUACACCUACCCAAACAUCUGGACGAAAUUGGUUCUGGUGAAUAUUGUUAAGGACAGACUUAGCAUGAUUUGGACUCAAGUGCGAGUGGCAGUAUACCGGCAUCUCAUAGGAAAGUCACUGACUCCAAAUGUUGGUCCACACAGAAAACAUUGCUGUUUGCACCGAGCUGCAGGACCUGACAUGACACACUUGUCUCCACCAGCGAUGCAACGGAUUAGUACCGGUCCAGCUCCUGUGUUGACAGCAGCUCCAGCCCGUGGCCUGGUGGACGAUCCACUCAGCAUAAAGGCAUCUUUUCUGCCACCACACCAUCUGGUUACAUUGUGCGCACAAAUGCGCAGUGAGGAUGGUGACCUGUGGGAGGCUUUUGGCCACUAUAACACAAGUGCAGAUGGCACUGUCAACCUGGCUAGGGAUCAUUCUGUGGGUGGUUCAUAUCUGGGACGUGAGCCAAUGGGUCUCUUCUGGGCCCUGCAGCCAGCACCUGGGGAAAGGGAAGGUUUAAGACUACGCAAGAAAAAUGUUGAGAUUCCCCACGUUGUGGACAUUUCCUUGCUGGAAGGUCACGUGACUCCCAGAGAGCGAGCGAGCGCUGAGCUGGCUGUUGCAACCACCGAGCGCUGGUACAUGGCACCAGGUGUUCAAAGAAUAGACAUUCGCCAAAAUGGAGUGGUGGGAACGUUAUUCUUACCACCAGGCCCAGGCAGGUUUCCUGCCAUGGUGGACUUGUGGGGUAUGGGUGGAGGACUAGUAGAGUACCGCUCAUCCCUUUUUGCAUCCAGGGGCUUUGCCAGCUUCAGCGUCGCCUUCAUGGAACACAAAGAUCUGACGGUCCAACUGGAUGUUAACUCUGCGGAUGCAUAUAUGAAGAAAGCUUUUAAUAUUCUUCAGGAUCAUCCUCAGAUUCACAGCGAUCGAAUUGGUGUCAUUGGUCUCUCGUAUGGAGUCUACCUCGCCCUCCGAUUGGCCACUCGCUCUGACAUAAAUCCAUCCUGUUUGGUUUGUAUAAACGGCCCAGCAGGAAGUAACGUGGAGCUCACACGAACCUUUUGCAUGCCUAAAGUAUCCGAAAGUUACCAGCGGUUUUGGCCACGGGAUGAUGCAGGCUAUCUUAGCUUUAAGGACAUGUCUUUACCCAAAAACUACUCUCCUGGAACCGCAGUGGAGUUAGGGAACCUGGCCUGUCCAAUGAUGUACAUUUUGGGUGAAGAUGACCAAAAUUCUCCAAGUAUUGAGAAUUCAAACAUGAUUGACCAUGUCCUGAACGCAUCCGGUAAAUCGCAUCUGUAUACCUGUUUGUCAUAUCCCGGUGCCGGCCACCUGAUUGAACCACCUUACACACCGCAUGCACGGAUAUCUGUGUGGAGAAUCAAACCAGAAAAAAUACUCGCUUUGUGGGGGGGUCACACUGCACCACACGCUGCUGCACAGGAAGAUUCUUGGAAGAAAAUCCUGAAUUUUUUGGACAAAAAUCUGAGAGCGUGAAUUUUAUUUCCAUUUGAUGUUAAUGAAUUUAAAUGCAGUUAGAUUUUCCACACAGCUCACAGAUUCACCGCUAGAGGGAGGUGUUCAGUCGUGAUGACAAUAAACAAAUCUCUAAUGAUGAUGUACAGUAAGAGUAGGAAGAAUGACCCAGACUAGAAAAACCCCGGCAUUUAUUGUAUUUUACGUGUUUAUUAAAUCUCUAUAAGGCA